AUGUCGAAGUUGUUCACCGCUUUCCUCCUUGUCACCAUGCUGGCCGUGGCUUUCGCCGCCGAGGAUUACUGUGGGAAAUGUCAGUUGAUGUGCGAAGCGGCCCGCACAAAGUACAACAACGAUUUCACGACCGUUACAAGUGCUCAACUCGUCCCAUUCAUGGAGGAUCAAUGCAAAGUGCAAUUCCAGAACUUCGAGGUGACCGUUUGCAAGAGUGUUAUCGACAAGAAUGGUGAUGCUAUGUUGGCCGCUUUCAAGCGCGGAGACACCAAUCAACAGAUUUGCGCCGAAGGACAACUCUGC